AUGGCAACUCCACACAAAAUCGAUAUCAAAGAUUACGCAGGCCCAACUGAAGUCUUUGGAAGUCAACCAUUAAGAGAAACCCUCCAGAAGGCAUCCGAGCUUUUACAGAUGAACCAUGAUAAUUAUCACAUCUACAUCCACAACCUAGGACUGCACAAUCAUAUCCUGCACCACAUUCUAGCCAUCGUGGUAUUAGGUGGUAGCACGGCUCAACUGCAGUCGGCGUACAACUUGGCUGUCGACUCCCAGCGUCCAAACCGUCCUCCUGAUGCCGUUCGCGUCUCAGAUAUGUCCAGUCCCGUACAUUUUCACAAAUAUUUGGGAAAAGGAAAAUAUUAUGAUGAUUACUUUGCUUUCUUCCAGAAUGAAAUUUCACGAAACGGUGUACCAAACACGGUUAAUGAGUUCCUCUUUAAAGGUGAUGAUAGAGCUGAAGACUUGUUCCAGCGCUUUUUCAGUGGAUUUCUGCAUUCGCCAAUUCACCUUGGGUAUGCUAUCGAGUUUGACCAGCCUCUUGUCGCCGCAGAAGCCCUUGCCUUGACUGCGGUCCAUGACGCCUCGUUCGGCUCGAUCUUGGCUUUAAUCGAAAGCUCGACCGACGAGUCAUCCACCGGAGAGAGUCUUAUAAGCAUACAGGAGAAACUUCAUGGGAGCGAUUGUCUUAAUCGAGCAAUGGACUUCACACACGGAGUGUCUCAAAUUCGAGAUGGAUUUCUUGAAAAUUCGAAGGAAGAGUUUUUACGGCUGAUCGGUUCAUGGAAAGUUAACCAAAAUGAGAUGGAUGAAAGGACAGCCGAGACACUCAAUUCCGCAUGUCAAUAA